AUGAAAUCCCUCCUCUCCUUUCUCCCUCUUAUUCUCUCCCUCUUCCCCCCCGCCGCCCUCGCCGCCACCCGCACCUCCCCCCCAUCCACCACGUGCCUCACCGUCGGCCCCUCCUCAUCCCAAAAAUUCUCCACAAUCCAAUCCGCCAUCAACGCCCUCUCCACCACCUCUUCCAGCCCCCAAUGCAUCUUCAUCUACCCCGGCACUUACCGUGAACAAGUCCUCAUCCCCUCUCGCGCCGCGCAACUAUCCAUUUACGGAUCAACCACCUCCACGCUUAGCUACGCUUCCAACGCCGUCACUAUUUUGUCGUCGAAAUCGCAGGCGGACGGGUUAACGAAUGAUGAGACGGCCACACUGAGGGUGAAGAGCAAGAAUGCGCGAUUGUAUAAUUUGAAUGUGGAGAAUGGGUAUGGAAAAGGAAGUCAGGCGGUAGCGUUGAGUGUCUAUGCGGAGGGCGUGGGGGUUUAUGGCUGUCAGUUGAAGGGGUUUCAGGAUACGGUUUUGGCGCAGGAGGGGGCGCAGGUUUAUGCUAGGUCCCUGAUCCAAGGAGCCACGGACUUCAUCUUCGGCCAACGAGCACCAGCCUGGUUCGAAAAAUGCGACAUCAGAGUUGUUGCCGCCAGCAUUGGAUACAUCACUGCCUCCGGCCGCGACUCCUCCACCAACCCAAACAACUACGUGUUCAACGCCUGCACCAUCGCCGCCGCCGACGGCCACUCGAUCUCCUCGGGCGCCUACUACCUCGGUCGUCCCUGGCGCGAAUACGCCCGCGUGACGUUCCAAAAGACCAGCAUGACCAACGUCAUCAACGCUGCCGGGUGGAAGAUCUGGAAUACGGGCGACGAGAGGACCAGCAAUGUUGCGUUUACCGAGUAUGCUAAUACCGGUGCCGGAGCCAGUGGGACGAGAGCGGGGUUUAGUAGUAAGUUGGGUGCUGCGGUCAAGAUUGAGAGUGUUUUGGGGAGCGGGUAUGCUGGUCAGGGGUACUAUGAUGGUAGUUAUAUGUAA